AUGGAUAAAAGCAAUUUAACAUAUAACACUACGAAUAACCUAUGGACAAUUACUGAAACAUGGAAGCCAACGACAAACCAGGUGGGCUCUCAAAUCUAUUGCGCCGUAGCAACUGAUAGUGUCGCAAUCCAAUCGGAUUUUUUUUGUUCAACAUUUCUUGUAAUUGCAAUCGUCGAUGACAUUUCGGACGACAACGAUUCUAAUAAUACAGGAGGCAGUGAAUAUAAUACCAUUUUAAAUCCAAUAACAUUUCAAACAAUAAUUCUGACGUCGGAGACGACAAGAACUGAGAUCACAACAACGGCCACAACAAGUACUGCCUCAACAUCAACCACUUCUACAAACUCUACAAGUACUUCAUCAACAUCAUCAAGUUCGACCAACUCCACAAGUUCCUCGUCAACGUCGACAAGUUCAACGAGCUCGACAAGCACUUCGGCAACAUCGACAACUACAACCACAGAAACAACAACAACGACCUCAACAUCAUCAACAUCCACUACGACUACCACAGAAACAACAACAACAACAACUACACCACAAGAAUCUGUUACUGUUAUAGAUUCACCAUUGCAUCAAGCUAAAAAAUACUCAUGA